UCCCGACAUUUUUUUAUUCACUUACACUACCAAUUUCUUUUUUCAGCGUAUUCUUCUCCUCUAUCUUUCUCCAUGAUAAAGUUGAGCUAAACCCAAGAAAAAAAAAAAAAAAAAAACUUUGGCUUCCUCUUUCUGAAGAUCCUGUUUUUCUUCAGUCUACAUGGAAAGUAUACGGAGGCAAGCGAGCAAGCUCAGAGAGCAAGUUGCCAAGCAACAGCAGGCUAGGGGUGAUUUUGUUAAAAUGACAUAAAAGUAUAGAUGUGACCGACUUGACUAGUCUGUUGAGAAUCUAUUACCAGCCCCAAAAUUUUGGCGAUGAGGAUGUUAUUAUAGGAAUGAUUCUCUAAUCUCACAAAUGCAGUGUUGAGACACUUGGGACAUUUUGGUCAUGAAGUACUCAUGGUUGAUGACGCUGAACUUCAAUGUCAGCAACAACUUCAAAAUCUAUACAAUUCUACAAGAGUAGCUAAGCAUUUUCAGCGGCAUAUUGUUCAUGGAAUUGAAGCCUUUGUUUCUAUAAGUUCAAAGCAAAUGGAGAUAGUAAGGAAGUUGGCUCAAGAUUGUUGUAAAUAUGGAGGUGAUAAUCAAAGCACCAAUUCUCCUCUUGCAAGAGCUGCUCUUCACUUUGGUACCUCACAUUCUUCAAUGGAGGAGGAGAGGGAGACUUUGCUUGGGGUCCUUCUUGAUCAGGUUUCUGAGCCAUUGCGGGCACAAAUAACUGGAGCUCCUUUGGAAGAUGCUCGCCACUUGACACAUCGUUAUGACAAAUUGCGCCAGGAGGUUGAAGCCCAGGCAGGUGAAGUAUUGAGGCGCCAAUUGAAGUCCAAGGAAUCCUCUAUUUCUGCUGAGAGUUCAAUGAGGCUUCAAACGGCGGAUGCAAGACUAAGUGAGCUAAAAUCUACAAUGAUGGCACUUGGGAAAGAAGCAACUUCUGCCAUGUUAUCAGUUGAGAGUGAGCAGCAACAAAAAACUUUCCAGAAGCUUCUUACUAUGGUAGAUGCUGAGAAAACCUAUCAUCAAAAGGUUCUUGAUAUUUUAGACAAGCUACAUGCUGAGAUGAUACUGGAGAAGCAACCGAAACAGUCUUCCUUGCAUUCAGGGAGAAUGAAGGGAGAUGUGUAUAAUCAGCAGGUGCAUGAAAAUAUUAAUUCAAAUGUAUCUGAUGAUCACGGACAUAUUAAUCAAAAUGAAGAGUACUUCAUUGCAAAGGCAGUACAUUCAUUUGAUGCUCAAUCAGAAGGGGAGUUAAGCCUAUCAGUUGAUGAUUAUGUUGUGGUUCGUCAGGUGGCUGCUAAUGGAUGGUCUGAAGGAGAAUACAAUGGGAAGGCUGGAUGGUUUCCCUCGGCUUAUGUAGAAAGGCAAGAGAAAGCACCAGCAAGCAAGUUAUUAGAAGAAAGCUCGAAAACCUGAUCACAAGGUUGUCCUUGUCCUUGAUUAAAAGCUGUACAUUCCUUUCUUCUGUAUUAGAGUUAGUUCCUCUUGGAUGCAAAACUUAUACACAACUUUUGCAAGCUUCAAGCAUUGUGCUGCUUGCACGUGCUGAUAGGGGUCUAAAUUUGUAAAU